AUGACUUAUUUUAUCGAAUCAUUCUUGAAUGUUCCUUAUUAUUCACAGGAUUGGCAAACGAUUCGACGUUAUACUUCUAUAUCAAAGCAUAGUAAUGAUUAUCGUUCAAACAUGGCUUCUUUACGAAUAUCUUUUGGGCCUUAUAUGACUUGUUUAAUAGUUUUACUUGGGCAUUUGAUAUUUUUUUUUAACUUUUUUGGUGAUAAAGUUUGGUUUAUAGAACUUUUAGGAUAUAUGGCACUUGGAAUCGAAAGCACACUUCCUAUGCCUCAAGCAUUACAAAAUUAUAAAAAUCAAUCCGUUUCGGGAUUUAGUGAGAAUUCACCCCUUCAAUUCGCAUUGUGUAGCGCAGUACAACUGCUAGUUGAUAGCAUUAUCGUUGUGCAAUUUAUUGCCUAUGAUGAUAAGAACGAUAAGAAAUAG